AUGGGAUUAGAGGCUUGCAACCUGCUCAUGGGUUUCAAAAUAUUAAGCAAAACACGUGAUGAGAAAGAGUCUCUUGAUUCCUUAGGAAAGUCUGGUACGGUGACGCCAGGAAAGACUGGAUUGCAGGAGUCAUGUAAGCUACCGAAACGGAAAAGAACUAGGUUAACGAUCUACACUUAUAACGAACGUACACUUGCAUCGGAUGCGGUCAUUAAAGAACUGAUGAUGCAAGCCAAGAGGUUUGAGAACGACGUCAUCGGACUCACCGAGACGAGGCAGCGCCCUCCACUGAACGCCGUGUAUGAUUUUGGAGAAGAACUAUUCUUAGGAACAUGCGACAAUAGAGGAGUUGGUGGAAUUGAUGUCCUCGUGAACACGAAUAUGGCAAUAAACAUCGACUCUUUCGAACAACUUACAAUCCGAAUCGGACGUUUACGGAUGAAAAGAUGUGGUCCAACGCCAGCUUUGAAAAUCUUCUUCGUUUACGCUCCCACAUCAAGCUGCCAAGAAGAAGAAGUCGAGGCGUUCGAUGCUGACCUGGAGAAGAGACGUUCUACAGAGAAGAUCAUACCUUCUACAAGGUCAUAA